AUGGAAUCCAACCUGUCCUGUCUGUCUUCACUGAAAGAAGACGACAAGCCCGUCUACAUUCAGCCGCACUACAGAGAAUCCUACCGCCUGGCUAUUUACGCCCUGCUCUGUGGAGGCAAAGAAGCCUACGAGGAGUUCCUCCGAGCCGAGCAGAUCAGCCACCUGCUGUCAGAGGAGGAGAUACUCUUCAUCUUGGAAAAUGCAGAGUUACCGGUUGUGGAGGAUGACUCGGAGGAGACACGGGUCACCAAUGAGACCGGCCCCUCCACCUACUUCCCGGAAGAGUCAGACGAGGAGGUGCCAGACCUGGACCUGGGCUGGCCAGAGGUCACGCUGGAGGGCACGGACACCAGCAUCAGCCUGCUCUUCCACCCGCCCAGACUAAACACACCCACCAUUAAAGAAGUGCUUCGAAAACAGAUUCAGGAGGCGAGGCAGGUCAUUGCCAUCGCGAUGGACAUCUUCACUGACAUUGAUAUUUUUAAGGAGGUCAUUAGCGCGACGCUGAGGGGGGUGGUGGUCUACAUCCUUCUGGAUCACUCUCACUUCAAGAGCUUCCUUGCCAUGUCGCACAGGGUGGGCGUCAGCAUCCAGGACCUCAAGAACAUUCGUGUCCGGACGGUCCAGGGACAGCAGUAUCUGUGCCAGUCUGGGGUGAGGUUUCAUGGAGGUUUGGAGCAGAAGUUUAUUCUGGUGGACUGUCGCACGGUUUUAUAUGGAACAUACAGCUACACGUGGUCAUAUGAGAAGAUCAACCUGAGCAUGGUCUUGGUGAUCACUGGUCAGCUGGUUUGCUCUUAUGAUGAGGAGUUUCGAAGACUGUACGCUCGCUCUACAGUGCCUACGGUUCUGUACAGAGAGAAGCUGUCUGUCCAGCCCCUGUCAGACACUAUGGCCUUGCAUAGCCCCAGGUCCAGCCAGCUUUCCCUUCACCAAAUUCACAUGAGGUCCAGAGUGACGCACAAUGUGAGAAGCGCUCAAGAUGUUAAUAACUGUAUCGUGUUGACCAGGGGCUUGAGCAUGCAGGAGAGGCUGCAUCAAUCUCACUAUCCCGACAUGGGGAAUCUGAUGAGGGGGCACAGUUAUGGUGGAGAACUGCAGAAGUUAAACUCCAUGACUCGACUGAGGAUGGGAACCAAAGACAUCGGAGGGCAUCUUGCUCCCGACUGGGCCGGAUCUAACCAGAGGGUAGGCGACAUGCUGCUAACCAACAGGUUGUCUCAGCAGCAACUUCGGCAUCAAAGUCGCUACGGUGCAGACCAGAAUCUAAUACCGUUCAACUCUGAAACAUCACUCCACAGGUGGAAGAUGGACGCAUACCUUAACAAGAACGAGAUGCCCCUGGAUGCAUCGUGUGAUUCACAAUCCCCAAUGACAUCUCCAUAUAACAGUAACACAGGCUUAAAUGAGCAUCAGUCGCAGCUAAUUCACAGCAGGUCCAGGGACAUAAAGUUGAGGAUGGAGGAAACAAGGCAGAAGAGGCUCAGUCUGCAGGAGUAUGCCAUUCUCAGGCAGAGCCAAGAGACCUUAAGAUCCAUAUAUCCGACUGUAGAAAGACCUAAAUUGAUGCCUUCACUGAGAGGUCCUGACUUGAGGCAGACUGUGGCAGAAUUAGUGCCAAACACACAAAACGGUUACAGCCUGCAAACAUCAAAUCACAAAGUCAAUGAGCUAGGUAAAGAAAGCAACAGAAGAGAGCACGUUCUCACUGAUGGCCACCGCUCUGCCUCUCACUACAGCAUCAAAAAGGUCCCAGAUCCAAAGGCAGUGCAGACAUGGCCUGAACCUCUCUCCAGGACGACAUCAGCCGGCGAAUUAGAUGUGAAGCUGAAUGAUCCAUCACUCAAACUCUCUUAUUUGCAGUCCAGCAAUCUUAGCAUGCAGCACCCAAGGGCAAUGGAGUCUUUGACUGAGAUGCCUGAAGAAAAAGAAUGUUCAAAUACUCGUGUCAAUAGUUCAGACUCAGCUGCCCUCAAUGAUGGAAAUGCGAUGAUUCGCAAUGAGAAGUCUGUUCCAAAGGAGACCUCUGUGAAAUUGAGCCUACCUGCACAAUCGCAGCACCAGGAUCAAGCCAGAAGACGUCGUGGUUCUGUAGGGAAGGUGGCCAACAGUUUAGGCUCAGCUGCUCCACGAGAAAGAAGGAAGUCAACAUCCAGUGACACAGAAAAUGCUCCAAAGAUCUUAAACACUUCUGCAGGAUCUCAGCAUGCACUGGAAGCUAAGAGUAACCACACUCAGAAGCAGCGCGAGGAGCCAGCAUUGCAGAGAAGUAAUUCCAUGAGGAUGAAAGUAUAUUCGAUGCUUUCAUCAGAUGAAAAGAAAACACCUAAAGGAGAGGAGAAGGCACUCCAAAGAAAGGCCUCAAUGAAUGCCUCCGGAUCAAACCAAUGUCAUGAGGCAGACUAUUCUCAGACAUCUGCUGCAGAACAAACAAAGAAAGGUCAAUCCUCAAGCAUCUCCAGGUCACAGAACUCUCUCAGUAGUGCACCAGAGACAGAGAAGCCCAAAUCCCCAUUCUCGAGGUGGCCUUCUCAGCGUUCAAGCAAGAGAAAGAUGAAACUUUCUGCAGAGCAGGACAAAGGCUCGAGGAGCACACUGGAUGACGACGCCGCCCCUCAAACCGGGCAAGAGAGAGUCUACAGCCAGUGCGAGUAUGUGGAUAGUCCUGAUGGUCUUCCUAUGGAUAAGUCAGUGGCGGCGGCAAGCAUGUAUCCCUCAGACACAGGCAAAAGCUCCUCCCUCAACAGACAUGACUCUGGCUUUCCGGGGUAUCAGACACACAGUGGUACUGACAACAAACUGGGACGAUUCAUGCAGCGAAUGGGAAAUCUAAUCAACAAGAACAAGUAG